AUGUCAGACGAAACAAUUAUGUAUAACAAUGAUUUGGCAAUUAAAAUUGAACCACCAGAAUAUUCAGCUGAAAACAUUAAAAGCGAAAAUGAUGAUGAAUUUGAUGUCCCUAAUGCUAUUGUUAAAUCUGAAUCGUGUUCUGAGGAUAAUGACACGUGUUUAGAAAGAUUCAUGAAUUCCGAGGUGACAAUUGAAGACGAAGUCAAACAGGAGUCUUAUGAUUGUGACAUUUGUAAUCAAUCAUUUGCAGAAUCGCAUCAUCUAACAAAACAUAUGGUUGAUCAUAUGCCUAACCCUAGUGAAGAACGUCCUUACAAAUGUGAAAUCUGUCCGAAGACUUUCAAUCAAUCAAGUGUUUUGAAAACUCACAUGCUUACUCAUAGUGAUGAACGUCGUCAUGAAUGCAAUGUAUGCAAGAAAACAUUCAAACGAUUUUACCAUCUGAAAACACACAUGGUCAUUCACAGUGGUGAGCGCCUCCAUGAGUGCAAUAUUUGCAAUAAGGCUUUCAUAACUGUAACUCAUCUGAAAAGACACAUGCUCAUUCACAGUGGUAAGCGCUCCCAUGAGUGCAGUAUAUGCAAUAAGACAUUCAUAACUAUAAAUAAUCUAAAAAGACACAUGCUCAUCCACAGUGGUAAGCGCUCCCAUGAGUGCAGUAUAUGCAAGAACACAUUCAUACAAUUAGGUAAUCUGAAAAGACACAUGCUCAUUCACAGUGGUGAGCGUCCCUAUGAAUGCCAUAUAUGCAAAAAGACAUUCAGAUUUUCAAGAAAUCUUAACAGGCACAUGCUCAUUCACACUGGUGAGCGCCUUCAUGAGUGCAAUAUUUGCAAAAAGACAUUUACAUAUUCAGAGAAUCUGAAGAAACACAUGCUCGUUCACAGUGGUGAGCGUCCCUAUCAAUGCAGUGUAUGCAAAAAGACAUUCACAAAUUCAAGUACUCUGAAACCUCACAUGCUCAUUCACAGCGGUGAGCGUCCCCAUGAGUGCAAUAUUUGCAAAAAGACAUUUACAUAUUCAAGCCAUCUGAACAGGCACAUGCUCAUUCACACUGGUGAGCGGCCUCAUGAGUGCAAUCAAUGCAAUAAGACAUUCAAACAAUUAAGAGAUCUGAAAUCUCACAUGCUCAUCCACAGUGGUGAGCGUCCCUAUGAAUGCAGUGUAUGCAAAAAGACAUUCAUACAAUCGGGGGCUCUGAAAUCUCACAUACUCAUUCACAGCGAUAAGAACCCCCAUGAGUGCAAUAUUUGCAAAAAGACAUUUAUAUGUUCAAGCCAUCUGAAAAGGCACAUGCUCAUUCACACUGGUGAGCGCCCCCAUGAGUGCAAUCAAUGCAAUAAGGCAUUUACAUAUUUAUAUAGUCUGAAGAAGCACAUGCUGAUUCAUAACAGAGAGUAA